GUGUGUGUGUGUGUACCGACAUGAGAAUCUCAACAAAACUGUGGCUUGCGAUGAAGGCCAUUGGGGACUUCUGACACCCACCUCGCGAGACUGACUGCAGUGGUACUUGCUGCUUCUCUGAAUCUCCGGCACUGCAGUUGGUUAGGGUUGGUUGUUGUGUGAUGUUGUUUUUGGUGUUGUUGAGGUUGUGCUGCUGUUGCUAGUGGCGGCGAUGGAGCAGGGAGCCUAAUCGCUUCGGUUGCGCACUCCGCUGCUGAAGCGUCUUGUGGGUCUGGAGUAGAAUGCUCUUAAAACUGCAGCCAGAUCAAAAAGGUCUCUUCAUCUGGGAGUUAGACUCAACUCUCUGUAGCAGCAACUGGAGUUGUUUUUGCCGUAGUUUUUUCUUUUUGAAUUUUGCAGCUUGAAAAUGAGGUGGCAGGACACUGCUCUAGAAAUGCCUCUCCUGUCUGCGUUUCCUAUGUUCAAGAACGCCAACCUCGAGCAGCUCUUCUUUCUUGAGUCGUUUGAAACCUAGAAUAUUGUCUUCGUUAUCCUUGGCGAAUUUGACCCACGUAGCAAAGAUUGUAGGCUGGGGAUUGUGAGUCGUCACCACAAUAAUCUUGGUUUCGGACCUUGCAAAGGGUGCAUUCUGUUUCAGAGUACUAUUGCCGGUGCCGUCAGGAUGUCUGCAUUUUACCGAAACAGUUCUUGUGCAACGCCAGCGAGGGUGAUGAGCCCAGCAGCCGCAGUUAACGGAGAUGAUGAAGAAAUCGCUUACCAGCUGCAAUUAGAAGCUUUGGCUGAGUCUUUGGCACCGAACCACAAAGCGUCGACUCCUUUGCAGGCAUCUUAUUCGUCUUCUUCGACUAGAAACUCCAGCGAACAGCAAUCCGGAUCCAUGGUUUCACCGAGUAACAUCACCGGGUCGAACGGGAAGCCCUUUUCUGUUUUUGGCCCCAAUGUGAGACCUACUGUAGGUAUAGAUGUGAAAUCGACACAAGAUGGUUUACAAUGCAGCACAUCUGGCUCAAGCAGUGUCUACACGGAAGCCGUCGUGGAGAUCGAGUGCAGUAUUUGUGCCGAGAUUCGACCGCACACCUCAUUCAUUAGCACGAACGGGUGUGAUCACGAUUAUUGCUCCGAUUGUAUCACACAGCAUGCGGAAGUGAAGAUCUCAGACGGGAACUCUCACAUAGAAUGUCCUCAUCAAAACUGCUGUCACUGUUACGACAUGCAGCAGUGCCGGCUUCUGCUGUCCCAAAAGAGUUUCGAGAUUCUUGAAACCAGACAAAUGGAAGCUGCUAUCCCCUCUUCGCUAAAGUUGUACUGCCCCUUCAAAGAUUGUUCGGCAUUUAUGGAGAAGUCCGAAGAUCUACCCAGGGAGAAAUUCGUCGAGUGCUGGUCGUGCCACCGUGGAUUCUGUUUGGAAUGCAACAUUCCGUGGCACGCAAACCAGACUUGUGGUGAGUACCGGGCAGAUGCUGAGAAUAGACACCGCUCAGGAGACGAGAAAUUGCGAGAUCUCGUCAAGCGGAAACACUGGCAGAUUUGUACAGAAUGCAAGCGAGUUAUCGAACUAAAGUAUGGAUGCUUCCAUAUGACUUGCUUAUGCGGCAAUGAGUUUUGCUACUCUUGUGGAGCUAAAUGGAGGAACAAGCGUCAAACUUGUAUGUGUAAACUGUGGGACGAGAACUUCAUCAUCAGGCAGAGCAAGCCAAGAUGAUAUUUAGAUCAUAGAUCUUUUUCUGCUAUUGGAAAUUCCUCGGCAGAAUGUGUAUGUAUCUGUAAUUUGGUUUGAGAGAACUCUUGUUUGGCAGAGUUGGAAGACGGUUUUAUGUCAGAUGGAUUUACUGUAAAUUUCUACAGGAUAUAUUUAGAGACCCGGAAACUUUUGUAGUAUUACACUCUUUGUUUACCUUUUUGCUUUUCUGUCA